AUGGGUAAAGCCGGCCGUUUUGCGUGUAUCAUCACGCCUCUGGCUCUCACUCUCGCAUCUUUAGUAUGCUUUGUCAUUGUCAUGCUCGGCCAAACGCCAUGGAAGGGCAACAACGCACCAGCUACAGCCCUUGGCCGCGAGCUCUACUUCAUGAAGGCUGAUACGUCAAAUAUGACGCUCGACUCACAAACCAUUCUCGACAAACUUCCUGAAGGUCUCACCCCCAACAACGAUUUCCUCGACGCUCUCCGUGGCAAGGCCGACUCCAAGGAGCUCAAGGACUUUUACCAGGUCGGCCUCUUCUCAUACUGCGAGGGAGAAACCAACAAGGAGACUGGCGAGGAAAAGAUUACAUACUGCUCUGCUCGCAAGUUCAAGUUCCACUUUGACCCUCUCAAGGUCUGGGGCAUGAACGGUACUGCUCUGCAGGAGGCUCUGGGCGACAAGUACGAUGACGGAAUGAAUGUCUACAAGAAAGUUGCUGGCUGGAUGAACUGGGCCUUUGUCAUUGUCAUUGUCUUGACCCCCAUGGAAUUCCUCGUUGGCUUCUUUGCCAUCUUCUCCAGGUGGGGCAGCCUCGUCACUACCGUCAUCUCUACCGCCCAAACCAUCUUCGCUGUUGCCGCCGCAAUUACUGCAUCUGCAACCUACGGCACCCUGACUGGUGUCUUCAGGACCGCUCUUGACCCCUACAAUAUUGACGUCAACAUGGGCUCCCGCAUGAUCUCUACCUUGUGGCUCGGUGUCGCUUUCUCCAUUGCCUCUGGCUUCUUCUGGCUCAUCAGCACCUGCUGCUGCAGCGGAAAGAGCGAUAGCAAGAAGAUGACUGUCGAGAAGACCCCUUACACUUACGAGCGUGUUGCCAGCCCCGCUUUUGGCGGCCAACAGGGUCACCAGAUGCAGAAAUGGCCUAGCAGCCAGAAGCAGACUCCCCAGAUGGGCGGUACCGCUUACGAGCCCUUCAGGUCCAAUGUCUAA